AUGCAGCUGCAAGACGACAUAGCGGCAAUCGCCAACGAGCUCAAAGUCUUCUUGCGAUCACUAACAAUAGCUUUCGAGCUGGGAGAUGUCUCCGCUUUUAUUGAUUUGUUCCAGCCUAAUGGAUACCUUCGCGAUAUCUUAAUCUGCGCGUGGAAUUACUCUUCGGUCGCUAAGGGACGCAUGGUGGAAUUCUUCGAUGCAUGUGGUGGUCUGCCAAACAUCAAACCCACCUCUAUCAAGAUAGAUGAUACCAAAACUUCGCCAGCAAGGUACAAGUCGCAAUUUAGGGGGAUUGAGGGUUUUUUCGUCUUUGAAACUGAGGGAGACGGACUUAACGGCGUCGGAGUCGCUCGUCUUCAAUGGGACAAUGCCUCUGGGAAAUUCAGAGCGCUCACGCUGUCGCUGGUGUUGGAUUCAUUCAAAAGAUAUGUCGAACUCUCUGGUGCUAAAAGACCCAUAAUUACUCUAACAUCUGAGCGCCAAGCCAAGGUCAACUGGCACGAAAGGCGCAUGCUGGAAUCAUCCUUCACUUCCCCUUCUCCGAAGCCAAACCCAGAUGUCGUCAUCGUCGGUGCUGGUCAUGCAGGCUUAAUGAUCGCAGCUAGGCUCAAACGAUUGGGGAUCGUCUCACUGAUAAUUGAGAAAAGCAGUCGCGUCGGAGACGGCUGGAGAAAUCGAUACCAUUCCCUGAAACUCCAAGAUACCGUUUGGAUAAACCAGUUUCCGUACCUUCCAUUCCCCGAUGACUUUCCGGUUUACCUUCCCAAAGACAAAUUUGCUGAUUGGAUUGAGAUAUACGCCACAGUCAUGGACCUUAACAUUUGGCUAGAUUCUUCCAUUGUUCCUGGCACAGCUGCUUAUGAUAAAGCAUCUGAGAACUGGACUCUUGAAAUACAGCGAGCCGAUGAUUCUAAACGUGAGAUCAAGUGCAAGCAUGUUAUUCUCGCUACCGGUCAUGCGUCGGAUCCACGCAUUCCUCACUUUGAGGGCAUGGAGAAAUUCAAAGGACCAGUGCAUCAUUCCAGUUUUCACAAAAAUAGUGGAAAUUGGAGAGGGAAGAAGGCAGUAAUUAUUGGUGCCGGAGUCUCAGGACAUGAUAUCUGUCAUGAACUCCACAACGCUGGAGUAGAAGAUAUCACGAUGGUGCAGCGAUCCUCCACCUGUGUUAUCAGCCAAGAAAACGGACUACCUAAUGUGGUAUCUGGCUACUUCGAGGGUGGUCCGCCUGCGGAGGAAGCGGACCUUGCCAGCAUAUCGUUCCCUUUCAAUGCGCUCGAGCCGUUUGCUAAAAUCGGUCAUGCGGCAAUCAACGAAGCAGAUAAGGCAAUGAUCGAUGGUCUCGAGCGUGUUGGAUAUCAGAUCGCAGACAAGGGAGGUCCUGGACUUUACUGGAGUUUAUUGCGAAAAGGUGGUGGAACUUAUCUGGACGUUGGUUGCACCCAAUUAAUAAUCGAUGGGAAAGUGAAGAUCAAGCAGGGCGCUGAGAUUCAAUGCUUUGAGGAGAAUGGCGUUCGACUCGUGGAUAGAAGCUUUCUUGAAGCGGAUAUCAUCAUCUUAGCUACUGGGUAUCUAUCUAUGCGCGAGACGUGCCGAAAAAUUUUUGGGGAUGAGAUUGUCGAUCAGACUGACCGUGUAUGGGGUCUUGAUGCCACAGGCGAAGUGAAUGGUAUCUGGAGACAAACAGGUUGCCCCGGUUUCUGGUAUACGGGUGGGACUAUCCUACUGUCGCGUAUUCAUUCCAAGUAUCUUGCACUCUGGAUUAAAGCAAUUGAGAUGGGACUCGCUCCGAAGAGCAAACUCUAA